AUGGCAGAUCGACACAGUAAGUGCUCGAUCAUCAAAACCCCGAUACCCGAGCUUCAUGUCGGUCAAUCCAUCGGCGGGUAUCUAAAGCGUGUGAUGGAUGUCGUUAUCGGCGGUCCAAGUGUAAUGGACUGGCACCAUGUCUCCAAUGUAUGCAGAGGGGAGAAAAAUACAGCAACGCCUGCAACAGUUGAAGGAACGACGACUGCCGCUCCGGAUGGAGACGUCUCUGGCCACCGGCUUCACGAUGACUACGCAAGCUCGCUGGACGGUGAGACCGCCGAGGAAGUGUAUCUGAGCGUCAACACAACGCAGAAAACGCCUCAAUCUACCAUCCAUCUCUAUUGCGGACCCUCCUCCAACUUUGCGUUUCUCCAGCAGGUGUACAAGACGUUUGCGUCAGUCGACUCGUUGAGCACGAACACAGCUUCGAUAGCCGCUCCUGAUCAGGGCAUAGAUUAUUUUCGACAGCGACAAAUGUUUUUCGGUGUGCGCCAGAACUUUGGUAUGUCCAAAGAUGUACUCGAAUCAGAACUAUCACUGCGUCUGCCUCUCGCAUUGGCGAGGCUUUUCCUCGAGAGAUUCAGCAUGACAGUUCUUCAUCUGGUUCCGUUCCUCAACCUCGAGAUAAUGGAAGAGUGGCUUGGACAGCUGUACAAUGAUGACAACGAAGAGAUGGCCACCGACGUCAAAGCAGUCCUCCUCGCGAUCCUGGCAAAUGGCGCGACUCUCACAGAGCAUGUCAAAUGGGCUGAUGCACUUUAUGAUAGAGCCAAGAGGGAAAUGCAUGUCCUCGAUGAAACCGUCAACAACAGGGCUAUCCAAGCGUCUCUUCUCUUGAUAAGUUAUCGCGCUCUGUUGAAUGGAAAGUGGACUAAUGUUUGUACGCUCACCACCAAGCGAGCAGCGGCCGAGCAAAUCUUGCUUACCUUGAGCUCGGACAAGCAUGCCGCAAGGCAUAUGCGGCAGGCCUGCAUCGAGACAUGGGUCUCGUUCUGGCUUGGCCGACCGACUUCAAUUACAAGUGAAUCUAUAUCAACACCAUUCCCCGGAACCAGCAUGUUCACCCUAGCACUGGGCGAACUGUCAAAUAUAAUCGCCAAAUCAACCAAGUACAUCUACGAAGAGAGGCACUUCUCGUUGACGAAACUAAGGUUAUCCCUGCAAAGUGUUCGGAAUGAUCUGGAAUCCUUCAAACAGAGGAUGGAGCCGAUACUUGGAUUUGCCUUGGAUGGCAGCGUUGAUGAAGACAAGGCCAACGUCCAGCAACUCUUCAUGAUGAAUUUUCUAUACCACACGUGGAUGACCAGCUUUCGGCCGUGCUUAAUGGUGUACAAUUCUCUGAAGGGUCGGAAAGCACCCACUAACUCUUUUCCUUUUCACGCCGGGCAAACCCCUCCCUCGCCCAAGUCCGACUUAUUCUGGCUGCUCGAAGCCUGUCAUUGUGCGUUGGACUCGGCCCGGAGACUGAUCCACUACCUUUUUGAAUCGCUCAAUCGACACGUGCUGCUCAGGGACUUGAGCUUUACGUCCGCGUGUAUCGAAAGCGCAUGCCUGCUCCUCGCCUACCACGCGAUGAAAAAUCCGGAACUGAUUCCUCGAGUCAAAAAGAGCCUAGAAGAGGCUCUCGGAUGCGUUGGGCACAUGACCAGUAAAGAACAAGUCGACAGCGUCCGAUAUACUAUCCAGCGAAUCCUUCAAAAGAUCUGGGAAGCCCGCGUGUUCCACGAACGCAAAGGUCGUGCAGGAUCCUCGUCGCCCGAAAUCGGGUAUUUCGGCGCCUACCACCAGCCAGAGGAGGACCCUCAGGCGGACGCAGCAAUCGCCAGUGGUGACGCGCCGGAGCUCACCAUGAAUUUUCUCCGGACUGCAAUCGACGAGCCUGGGUUCGAUGACCCUUCCAACAACGACGGGGUUUUGGAUAUCGAUUUCAACAUCUUUGCUCCCGACCUCAGUGACUUCUUCACCCUUGACGACUCGGAUUUGCUUACCGGGGCUACAGACGGCGCUUUUCGAGAUCGGUGA